UCUCUUUUCCUAAAAGGCCAAAACCCUUUGCAGAGAAGAGAUUUAAAAAAAAAAAGAAAUCAGAGAGAAGGAGAGAGAGACCAAGAAAUGACGCAAGCUAUGGCUUCUAUGGCUGGCUUACAUCGUUCUGCCACACUCCACCAACUCAGCGGCUCCAGCCGCUUGAGAAGAGUACCAGGCAACCGAUCUGGUCUCUCCAUUAAAGCUCAACAGAGUCAGACAACGUUGUCGUCGUCAUCGACGGAGAGUGAAGCAGUGGUUCAGAGCAGCCGCAGAGCCGCUCUCAGCCUCGUAGCCGCUGGUUUAGUCGCCGGAUCUUUCGUUCAAACCGUUUUUGCAGAAGCUAAGUCGAUCAAGGUGGGCCCACCUCCACCUCCGUCCGGUGGUCUGCCGGGGACAUUAAAUUCUGAUGAGCCAAGGGACCUUGAUCUUCCAUUAAAGGAUCGUUUCUUCAUUCAGCCACUACCUGCAGUAGAGGCAGCAAAAAGGGCAAAGGAGUCAGCCAAGGACAUCCUUAGCGUGAAGCAACUGAUAGACAAGAAGGCAUGGCCUUAUGUCCAGAACGACCUUCGUCUAAAGGCAUCGUAUCUCCGGUAUGACCUUAACACUGUCAUCUCUGCCAUGCCCAAGGACCAAAAGAAGCCUCUCAAAGAUCUUAUUGGGGUGCUCUUCAACACCAUUGACAGUUUGGACCAUGCUGCAAAGAUCAAGAGCACUCCUGAGGCAGAGAAGUACUACGCAGCAACUGUGUCUGUUCUAAAUGAUGUACUCUCCAAGAUUGGUUAAGGAGGAUUUAGUUUCUGGUACCUUUUGUUGUGUAACAUUUAUUUCUACCUCUGAAACAUUUUGGUUGUAAUUUAAAGGGUAUUCAAUGAAGAACAAAAGGU